CUGAAGUAGUCACAUGCUGCAGCAAAACAAUAAUAAGGAAGUCUGGGUGAGGGUUUAAGAAGUUAUUUAACGCGUCUCUUCUUUGAUGGGCUAAAAACAAACAAAAAAACGAUGCGAUUUUUUGUCGUGUUUUUUCUUUGCUGCUGUUACUCAGCAGAAGAAAACAAGCCAAUUCAAACAUUUGUAAUUCCUCACAGUCACAUGGAUGUUGGCUGGGUUUACACUAUUCAGGAGAGCAUGCACGCCUACGCGGCCAACGUGUACACCACUGUGACUGAGGAGCUGUCCAAGGCCGCGGACCGCAGGUUCAUCGCUGUGGAGCAGGAGUUCUUUCGACUGUGGUGGGAUACUGUGGCCACAGACUCCCAUAAGAAACAAGUACGACAGCUUGUAAAAGAGGGUCGACUUGAGUUCAUCAUCGGGGGCCAAGUGAUGCACGACGAGGCUGUAACCGAUCUAGACGACGAGAUACUACAAAUGACAGAGGGUCAUGGUUUUCUCUACGAGACGUUCGGGGUGCGCCCUCAGUUUUCAUGGCACGUGGAUCCAUUUGGAGCCUCCUCGACCACUCCAGUCCUCUUUGCCCUGGCUGGGUUCAACGGCCACCUCAUCUCCCGCAUUGACUACGACCUCAAAGACGCCAUGCAGAAAAACAAGAAACUACAGUUUGUAUGGAGAGGUUCUCCCUCUCUAAAAGAGAAGCAGCAGAUCUUCACUCACACUAUGGACCAGUUUAGCUACUGCACCCCAUCCCAUCUACCGUUCUCCAACAGCUCUGGUUUUUAUUGGAAUGGAGUUGCCGUGUUUCCUGAACCUCCUAAAAACGGACUUUACCCUAACAUGAGCCUGCCCGUCUCCAAGGAGACAGUACAAGCCUACGCCAAGACUAUGGUAGAGAACAUCAAGCAGAGAGCUGCGUGGUAUAGAACGAAUCAUGUGCUCUGGCCAUGGGGCUGUGACAAACAGUUCUACAACUCAUCUGUCCAGUUCAAUAACAUGGAUCCUCUAAUGAAGUACAUCAACCAGAACAGCAAAGAGUUUGGGGUGACAGUCCAGUACGCUACUCUUAGUGAAUACUUCCAAGCCAUCUACCAAUCAGAUCUUGUCUGGGAGCUCCGUGGGAGUGAAGAUUUUCUGCCAUAUUCCACUGAACCGCAUCAGGCAUGGACAGGGUUUUACGCCUCCAGAAAUGUUCUGAAAGGAGUGGCACGGCAGGCCAGCUCCCAGCUUCAGGCAGCAGAGACUCUCUUCACCCGGUACCGAAUCAGCUUCCCCGACGGACCUGUAGCUAAAGACUGGGCCCUGGAUAAACUGAGGGCGCUUCGCUGGGCUGUCUCAGAGGUCCAGCACCAUGAUGGCAUCACUGGCACAGAGUCUCCCAAGGUGGCAGACAUGUACCUGCAGCAUCUCAUGCAGGCCACGAUGGGAGUGGAUGAGCUUCUGGCUGCACUCAUCCUGCUGCCGCACAACCUCAACACACCCAGCACCCACGGUGUCAGCUACCAAAGAACAGGUGUUCAUCAGGCUUUGGAGCAACAUGUCAUCGCUUACAACCCAUUAGCUUGGAACACCACCACUAUCAUCAACGUCACUGUAACCUUCCCCACUGCGGCCGUCUUUGAUGAUGAUGAACAACCUGUGCCGGCACAGAUCCAGAAGUCCGCACAUUCCAAUGUGACCUACGAUCUUUUCAUCAUGGUGGAACUUGGAGGCCUUCAGCACAGGAAAUACCUGAUUAAGUUGUCUGAGAAGCUUUGCUCUGGGAGGUCCAAAUGUGGCCGGACUUAUAAAGCUAAAGGGGUUUUGUUUGAGAGACGGAACGUCCGGGACUGGUUGAAAACAGGGAGGAGGCUCCUGCCUGUUCUGAAUGAAUGUUACAAGCUGAUGUUUGACCAGGAUACCAAUCUACUGCACAGCAUCACUAAUAUUCAGGAAAAACAGACAGUGAGGAUGGCUCAGGAUUUCUGGGAAUACCACGCUAACGGAGAUGUAAAAGCAGGGCCCAUCUCUGAUAACUACAUCUUCAGCGCUAAGGGGUCUGCUGUGCGGGCCUACAAGGCUGUGGAAAUGGAGAUCAUCCCCGGGGAGAUUGUGACUGAGAUCAGACAGCACUUCUACAGAGAGGAAAGUGAUAAAGACUACACCUACUCCAUCACCACUCGAGUCCCAGAAUGCUUUGGGAGCAGACUGCCGUGUCAUAGGCUGGAGCAGACCUAUUCGCUGGGUCCCCUCCAUCUCAACACAGAAGUCAUCCUCAGAACCAGCUCCACCUUAAAGAACAACCGGACCCUGUACACAGAUGACAAUGGCUAUCAAAUGAUGGAGAGGAAAUACAGGAAUUUCACUAACAACACUUUAGCAAGAAACUACUUCCCCAUGGUUCGGGCAGCCUACAUUGAGGAUGACUUGAGCAGACUGGUGCUCGUCAGCGACCGAGCCCACGGUGUGUCCAGCCAGGCCAACGGACAACUGGAGGUCAUGCUCCACCGUCGUCUUUGGAACAACUUACCCUGGAACCUCGGCUACAACCUGACCCUAAACGACAGCUCGGUCGUAAAGCCCACCCUGUGGAUGAUGCUGGGCUCCAUCAGGGCCACCUCCAAGCUCUACCAGAGGGAGGCAAUAGAGCUUCAGCACAGACCUGUCAUCAUGCCCAUAGACCAACCACAGAAGCCCUGGCAGGUGGAGAAACCUAGAGGAAUGUCUCCUGUGCGUUCGGUGGUCCUGCCACCAAACCUCCACCUGCUCAGCCUCAGUAUUCCUGGAUGGAACUACAGCUCGGAUCAUGAUGUUCACCUCAGCCACAUUCACUCAGGUAAGGACUUGCACUCAGAGCCAGACUACGAUCGGGUCUUGUUGAGAAUCAUGCAUGUCUUUGAGGAGGGAGAAGACCCUGAGCUUUCGAAGCCAGUCACCAUAAACGUGAAGGAUGUUCUGCAGGGCAUAGGGGAAGUACAAGUGCUGGAGGAGCGUUCUCUCACAGGAACCUGGAAUAUCACCAGUCUGCAGAGGUGGAAGUGGAGAACUGCAGAUACCUCAAAAACAGACAACAAAAGGUGUGGGAGUUGUGGAGAUGAAGCUUUCACUGUGACCAUCUCACCCAAAGAGAUCAGGACCUUCUUCAUUCACUUUGCCUCCAGGAACCUUUAGGUUGAACUGUCUUCUGUGAAGACAGCCAAUCUUUAGAAAUAACGCUUUUAAUUAAGGAUUUUUGAGACACUGUUAAUCAAUGCUCUGUUUUCACAUUAUCAAUUUUUUUGAGAAGCACUGAUGUGUUAAUUAGGUGUGUGCAUUCUCUUUUUGACUCCCUGUUGACUCGCACUAAAUAAAGUGAUUAUUUUUGUCA